GGGAUCCGGAGGAAUAUUCACACCAUGAUCCAUCGACAGCAGGCCCCUAAAAGAAAUGUCCACGAUGGAUAAUUUCAUGAUCGGUCCUUGAUGUCGCAAAGUCCGAUUUGAAUGAGCAAAUUACUCCGUCGACCAGGGUUAAUCGCUAAGCGGAACGGAAACACCACUCAUUCCACUCAAGCUUUGCUCCACAAUCUCUUGUUUCAAUCAAGCUUUGAUCCACUUUCGGACUACGUCCCAUCCUGUACAUUGUUCCAUGUACUCGUCUUCCAGGCAGGUAAUUGCGUGAUCGCAAAUCGAGGGCAUAAAAAAGCGACGUGAGCACGACUUGCAAAAGCAUUGUGGCUAUCGGAAAAAUGCGAACUUCUUCUCUCUUGGGAUAUCUCGCUUCGGCGGUGACACUAUGCGAAGCCAAGGGCCCGUUCCUUCAACAAGUCAGCUCGACGCAAUGGGUCAUUGGCAAUGAUCUGUGGAAUGUGACGCAGGGUCCGACGUAUGCGACUAAGCUACGGUUCCAGGGCUCGGACGCUGUUGGCAAUGCUACAGGCCACUACGCGGGUUAUGACGGAGAAUCCAACCUACAGUACACGUCUGCCAAGAUCGUGUCCAGCACCUCCGAAUACAUCGACGUCAGCUUCUCAUCGCAGUACGGAGAUUUCCACUGGGUAAUCUAUCCCGAUCUUGCGGGCGCAUAUCAAUACUUUGUCAACAAGGCGCUGCCGGAUCUCAGCAUCUUCCGCACACUGUGGCGUCUCAACCCCGACCUCUUCACGAACGGUUAUACCACGACCAAGAACGAGAAACUCCCAGACUAUGCGCUCUAUGCCGGAGCGACAGAGAUUCAAGAUGAGACGUUUCAGUUCAAAGAUGGGACGGUUGUGAGCAAGUACGACUUUGCUAACUAUGUCCGCGAGCGGGACUUCGUCGGCGUGUAUGGUAGCAAGACGGGAUCUUGGUAUAUCCAUGCUUCCAAUGAUUAUCAGCCGGGAAACCACCUCUCGCAGACGUUGACGGUCCACCGCGAGUCGUCUACCGGAGACGCGACUCAACUGAAUGUAGUACAAGACACGUCCCACUUCCGAGUUGGCGUCAAGACGGCUCAACCUGGCGGCAAAAUCUGGGGGCCAUGGCUGUGGUAUCUUAACGACGGUUCUCUUGACGAUGCGCGCGCCCGUGCUGCUGUGGAGCGCAAGAGCUGGCCAUACUCGUUCCUCAACGACACUGCCUAUCAUUCCCGCGGAGCCGUGCAGGGCAAGUUAGUUCUCUCUGAUGGUCGCCCAGCGUCGGGUUCUGCCGUGUUUUUGGGCGACGCGGACACUUCGAUCCGUCCACUCGUCCAAGGCUCGAACUAUUACUACACCACCUAUGCAGAUGCGUCGGGCGCGUUUUCCAUUACCAACGUACGCAGCGGAAACUAUGGACUGUUUGCGUCGUCAAACGGCGGAGCUCUCGCAGACGUAUACACCAACUACACCUCAAGCGGCAUCAGCAUCACCAACGGCACAAUCAAUGACCUGAAAACCCUGACCUGGACCGUCCCUCAAAACCGCAAACCCAUCUUCCGAAUCGGAGACUUUGACAAAAAAGCACUCGGCUUCACCAACGGCGGUGCUCCCCGUACGCACGGUCUGACCGAGAAAGGCCCAACAAAUCUGACCUACACCGUCGGUUCAUCUCGCGUCUCAGACUGGUACUACGCGUCGUCGAAGCUGGGAUCGUGGGACGUCGUCUUCAAUGCAACAUGUCCUGCUGCCAACACCAACGCCUCGGCUUUGCUCUCCGUUUCGCUUGCGGGUUACUCACAGAGCACCGCGCUGACUAUCUAUCUCAAUGGCAAUACGACAGUCGGCGUUCUGAGCAAGGAUAUUUUGACGAAUGAUCCUGCGCUGUACCGCUCGGGUACUACGAGUGGUGAGUGGCGGUUCUUGCAGUUUGAGAUUCCGGCUGGUGGGUUGAAAGAGGGGAAGAACACGUUAAGUUUCACAGUCGAUCGGUAUACGCAGUGGCGUGGUAUCUUGUGGGAUAGCAUUAUCUUGGAAUGGGUUUUGUAGGUAGGAAAGCUCAAUCAGUAACACCAUAGGUGGUUUGUUCAAACUCGCUCGCUCACUCAAAACGCGUAUCUGAUAUCAGAAACA